AUGAAAAAGGAAGAACUCAUCGGGGGCAAUGUGGACAGCAGUUAUGAAGCAAUACGAGAUUCAUUUAGACGCAAUUUCACAGAAGGAUGGGAACGCGGUGGUGCAGCUUUCGCUGUUUAUCAUCGCGGCAAAUUAGUGGUCGACCUAUGGGGCGGAUUUGCAGACAAAUCUUGUAACAGACGAUGGAAUGAAGACACGAUCACGACCAUAUUCAGUUGUUCCAAGAGUGUGGCAGCAAUAUGCAUGGCAAUACUCGUUGAUCGUGGCUUGUGUAACUACUCAGAUAAAGUUACAAAGCACUGGCCGGAAUUUGGGCAAAAUGGUAAAGAUGAAAUCACAAUACAGAUGGUCCUUUCACAUAAGGCAGGCCUCCCCCACUUCGAUCGAGUUCUCACCCUUGCUGAUCUUACCGAUGGUCUACGUAUGGCUACAAUCAUCGAACAGGAAGCGCCGAAGUUUCCACCAGGAUCAAAAACGGCUUAUCAGGCAUUGACCUAUGGUUGGCUAGUAGAUCAGAUAUUCUGCCGUAUCGAUCCCAAACAUCGUACAGUUGGGCAAUUUCUCAAAGAAGAAAUUGAGGCCAAGCACCAUGUUGACGUGCAUAUCGGCGACUGCUCCGCUGAAGAAGUUAGGAUUGCUCGAUUAACUGGAAUAACUGCUCUCUUGGCCGUUAGGGAGUUCAUGUACGAUAGAAAAAUUGCUACAAUAGGAUGGCAUGUACUGGAUCCACGUGGUUACUUCGCCAAAGGUUUGGACAAUAUGCGACUUUUUGGGAAGGGCCCUGUUAAGGACUUCACGUUAUACAACAAUCCUGAUACACGAAUUGCGGGACAACCAGGUGUGAAUGGAGUUGGCUCAGCCAGGGGACUUGCGCUGCUUCAUCAGUUGACCAUGGACGGCACUUUAUUGUCUAAGGAGAUGAUACAGAAAAUUUCUGAGCCACUGUUUCCCAAUGAAUUUGACCACUCUAUUGGAGAGAUACUUAGCAAAGGAUAUGGGUUCAUGUAUACCCGAAGUCCUACAGGUUCCUGGCAAAUUGGACAUAUGGGCGUUGGCGGACAAAUUGUGCGAUUUGAUCCAGAAAACGAUAUCGUGCUCUGCUAUCUCACGAACGCUUUCAAAGCCGGCAGUUCCGAACACGUCUUCACUUAUAAUCGACUACAAAAGAAAGUUUAUGACAUCAUAAGGAACAAGAAAAUG